GGGCGAUAAGGGACGAAUGGGCGGCGAUAGGAUAGGUGCAGGUGGCGUCGGAUCCCUCCACAAUGUUUACCUGCAAGGAGUAUGGAAGUCUCCGAUGAAGCUUUCCCAAAGUUCUCUUAAAACGUCACCCAAUCCAGCGUGAAUUAGGGUCAUCUUCACUAUUUGAUUUUGUCUGAAGUUUCAUAUUCGCAAGAGUUGAACUUUGCUUCAUUCUACCAGAAAGCAAGCAAAACAAAACCAUCUACCCCUGCUCCGCUGUACUCGUACAACUGUACAACCCCACCUCACCGUCUCUUGGUGACUUCCCUCUACUUUCAACACUUUCUGUGUAUUCUGUACCUUUCAAGUACAACGAAGACUUGAGCCGCAUUACAAAGCCUGACUGCUUUAUUACCACUCCAAAAACCAUCCAAGAUGGCUUCCUCGCCGCCAGACCAGACAGCUUUGCUAAAGGACGUUCUUGAAGCUCUCAAGAAUUUACAAGCCAGCCAAGUUCAACUUGCUUCCAAUGUUGAUGCUAUUAAUGGAAGAGUCAACGUACUAGCCGGUAUGAAGGAAGUUCGAGAUGUCGCCAACGGAGACUCCUCAACUCCAUCCUCAACAAAACCAGCCGACGUUCCCGAGCCAGCACAUGAGGAAGAAGAGGUUCCCAGCUCUCCCACUCUCACUCCUGAGCAGAUUGAAAGUGAAAAGGCUCUUGCGGCUUUGACUCAUGCUCGAAAGCCCAGUGGUGUCACUUCAAGAAUCAUUCUCACGUAUGUCUCUAUUCCCAGAAGUUUGGUCAACAUUGUGGUAUACAUGUGGCUGACUGUUAUUUGCAUGUAGUACCUAUCCCGGUCAAUCUGGUAUCAACCCUCUUCCCAUGAAUUGGGGUCACAAGGAUCCUCAAGAGCGUGGCCCAGUUGUGGUCUCCAGAAAUUCAACGACAAUUCGCAGAAGAAAUGGUAUGGCCAAGCUCCUUACCCUAGUGAAGUUGUACUAAUGUAUCAUAGCAAUUGGAGGUGAUUUACCUAAAAAGUUCAAUUGAUGAGAUAAACUAACAUAUUUAGCUCAUGGUGGUUCAUAUUCCAUCUAUUAUGCUUUGGCAGUUGCAAGUAAAGAAAUCACAUCAGAUCACAGGUAAUGAUUUAUAUUUUCUUUUGCACUUGCCAAUUUCGGUUUGGGCCCUCUGGGUUGUUCUUGUCUUCUUGGGGGCCCUUGUAUUCAUUCUGCAGUUCUCUCAAGGCUGUCGAAUACAAAAUAUGUAUAUCUUAAGCUUCCUGAUACGAUAGCUAACAUAGUGCUAGACCUGAUUUUACCAAUACCGAGCCAGCUGCAAAUAUUGGACCAUUCCCACAAUGGGCUGAUAAGAAGAAGAUCGUCGCAAUGGAUCCAUUGGGUCAUUUAUCUCCAUGGCUCUUUAGUGAAACGAUUGAGAAAGAAAAUGGUAUGCCUCCUUAUCAUUAUCAAGAUAGACAUGACUAACUUCAACUAGUUGAUAUCAGACCAACAAUUGGUAGUUUCGCUACAUGUGUAUUAUGAGGCAUUUAACUGACAAUGAUCAGCAAUCACGAGAGCUCAUAUGAAAUUGCCUGAAUUGGAGCAGAGUGUGAAAGAAGGUCGUCUGUAAGUCAACCCAGAAAAUGUUACCAGUAAUUCGCUCACCGUAAACGUAGGGUCCCGGAUGGUAAGAUUUGCUUGAACGAAUCUGGCGAACUUGCUGUCACAAAAUUUGCCGUUGAGCCAGUAAAUUAUAUACUCCGAAAACAAGAGUUUAUGUCUGACAACGCCCUAGGUUUGGUACCUUCCUGGUGUUGCAGAGAGAUUCGGAAUUGGUAAAUCACUCAAUUCCCUAGGAUUACAAUUAUGCUAACAUCUGAUCAGAUGAAGGAACACUCCGAAGAGCUUUAUUUGAACACACUGGCGGAUCGUAUCCGGAAUUGAUCACAAGAGGGGAUAUCAAAAUUUUCCUUCCUCCAAUAGGUACUUGUCAAAUAUAUGCGGUGUCAUGCAGAUCACUGACUGUAUAAAGGUGGUCUUACGGUAUACUGCUUCGGAGAUCCAGCAAAGAUGUCGGAUGAAAAGGUGCGACUGGCUUUGAGAGUACAUGACGAGGUAAAUAUCCCUCAUUGUUUGCCUGGUUUUUUUUUUCUCUCGAGAAUUUCAUCUGACCCAACGUCAGUGUAACGGUAGUGACGUGUUCGGAUCUGACAUAUGCACCUGUCGACCUUACCUCAUCUAUGGUAUCGAGGAGGCUGUCAAGGAGGCACAAAAGUUCGUUUUCCCAUCUUCGUUGAUAUGCCGUGCAACAUCUAAUGAGCAUUUUUUAGGGGUGGAAGUGGGGUGGUGAUUUACUUUCGUAAAGAAGGUCGGGCUCUUGGAGAAGUAACCAAGGUAAGAAUUCCGCAUCUACCUCGUGAAUGGGGAAACAUCUUUUAGGAUGAUGCCAGCGUAUCAUUCCAUUUCAAACGUCGUACUUGGCGACCCCACCACUGAAGCCUUGAUGACUUCUUAUCCCACUCCCCCACAUCAGCAUCCAGUCUUACCCGCUCACCCCGGAGUUCUUACCAAUCCUCACCCCGUUCUGACUCUUUGAUGUACAUUGUCUGACAUUUUAACGCAGUAUCUUGUAUACAAUGCCCGGAAGCGCGGGUUGGAUCGGGCAUCUGAGUACUUUAAACGUACCGAAAACAUUGCGGGUGUGAAGGACAUGAGAUUCCAAGCACUGAUGCCGGACAUCCUCCACUGGCUUGGCAUCAAGAAGAUUGAUAGGAUGUUGAGUAUGAGCAAGUAAGGUCUCCUGGUAUCCGGUAAACAGAUGCGCGCAGUAUUAACGUUGAUCACAGCAUGAAGCACGACGCCAUCGUCGGCCAAGGGUAAGAUCAUCCGAGGUGAAACAGAGGCAAAAUCUCGCAGUUAGUGAUGUUAAUGGCUUGUGUAGUAUUCCUAUUCAUGAGCGAGUGGAACUGCCCGAAUCUUGGAUUCCUGCAGAUUCCCGAGUUGAGAUUGAUGCCAAAAUUACGGCAGGUGAGUUUAUCCAUCAUUCCCGCAUGUUCGUUGAGUGGGUAGGGCUGAUGUCGGGUUGAAGGGUACUUUACCACUGGACACCGAAUGACGGAAGAAGAGCUAGCCGCCGUUAAAGGAAGAAGUUGGGAAGAGUAAGUUUGCCCCGUUGGAGCGAAGUCUAGUCAGAAAAUGAAACUGACCUAAGGUAGUAUCGAUCAUUGAUCACACGGUUGGAAAGUUUAUCGUUUGCUUGGGCCGCAUAGUUAGCAAAGUACCUG